CAACACCCCGUGGGUUUUGGCCACGAUCUGUCCUUCCUUCCCUCCCUCCAUCCCAGCCGUUAUUGGCAGUGACAUCACAACUGCACGGCGGAGACGUGAAGUGACGGCGACGCGCGACCGGCGUGUCAGUUACAGCUGCAGCUGCCGCAAGUACCGCCCGCCGCUCCGCAGGCAUUUCUCCACCCGCUGCCAGUCACACAGCUUCUCUUCUCGCUUCUUACCCAACCACCAGCUCAAAAAAAGGACAGAGAUGCAGAACUUCACCGGCUUCGGCCUCCAGUUCCAGCCACCCCCACCUCCAUUCAGUUUAAUGCACCCCAGUCACGGCCCUCCACUGGCAACACCUUUCUUCCUUGGCCAGUACCCAGAUAUUCUCCUCGAAGCCAGGUAUGGCGCCCACCGGAAGCAGCGUCGCAGCCGGACGGCGUUCACCAAUCAGCAGCUGGCGUCUCUGGAAAAGACCUUCGCCAAAACACACUACCCGGAUGUGGUCAUGCGAGAGAGGCUAGCCAUGAUGACGAAUCUCCCCGAGGCUAGAAUACAGGUUUGGUUCAAGAACCGACGAGCCAAAUUCCGCAAAAAGCAGCGUGCCAUAAAAUCCAAGACAAAAGACUCUUCCUCUGAAAAAACAGGAAGCAGCAGCAGCAGCAGCGAGGCGACCAAGAAAAAUGGAGUCUCAGGCAAGCCAGCUGCCUCUUCCGACAAGGUCUCGGUGUGUGAUUCUGACAAGAAAAGCGACAGUUCUCAAACGGUUAGGAAUGAACACGAUGUUUGUGAGGAUAAAGUGCAGAGGCUGGCUACCCCUGCAACUCCCGACAGCCACAGCUCCGACAGCGACCCAGACGAAGACAACUCCCUGGCGGUAGAUGUGGAAACGCUGGAUGCUGGAGCGGAAGUGAGUGGUGAGCAUGCGCAGCGUCACUGCGGAAGUGACGAAACCACACGAGCAGGGAGCAGGAGGGAGCAACGGAUUGAGGACGACGAGCGUCGAUCCAAUCAUGGACAUGACAAUGACAGUGACGAGAUUCACCUGCGCAGCCCGCAGUUCGCACACAGGGAGCAGGCUGGGAGCUCAGCUGGGAGCACACGUGACGUCAGGAGCAGCUCCCCCCUCUCUCCUGUCAGCCUGGUGUCUAGAGACUUCGGCCACUCUACCUACCCAGCCUUGAAAGGUUUGGAGACGAGUUCCCAGCAAGGAAACCGGAUGAUGGGCGGGCCUCUGGCGUGCCACCACUACCCCCACGCUUCUCCCUUUCCUCAACUGGGGCUUCUUCUCGCUGCAGCAGCACGCGCUGGCCUCCGCCUUCCUCCACAAGCACCUUGGCCUCCCGCACGUGCCACUCUUCCAGCCGCCGCCUCCUGCCGCCUCCUCCUUGCCCGCCCACCUGGCCGCUUGGCCCGCCUACUACAGCGCUCCGCCUCCAGCCCCGCCCAUGCCUGACGUCAUCAUGACCCCGGCCUCCUCGUCGGCUGCUGCGGGCCCCUCCCGCACCGAGGCGUUGCGCAUCCCGCCCCCCGCUCACCUCUCCAUGUCCGCUUCCGCCUCCAGCGGAAGCACCAAAGACGCCAUCAUGUCUUCCAGCAUCGAAAGUUUGCGGUUCCGAGCUCGACAACAUGCGGCCUCGCUGGGAAUCUUUGAAAACCUCUGAUGACGGCGCGCGCGGACAGGUAGCUGGACCGACUACCUGCGUGACGUGCAGCCAGCGUGUGUCGUCACGAGACUGGGCGUGCCCUGUGCACCGCGCGCUGUCGUCAUGACAACGCUUCUGCUUAGAGACAGGGUGGUUUUCACUGGCAUGUUAAUGAAGGAGGGGUGGGUCAAUCAGGGUGGGUGGGUGGGAGGCGGGGUGUGCAGACCGGGUGGAUAGCACACUUGUAACAGGGUCAUCGUAGGCAGAAGGCCAAGCUCUGAUGACAUAUCACGUGAUAACCCCAUUCGCCCCCAACCACCUUACUCUUCUCAACCCUUGAUGGAGUAAACCAUGAUGCUUAAAGCGUGUAAUUUUCUUUUUAAACCAGGGCGGUCAAUGGCAGAAAGACAGAAAGUCCAGACACACCCCAUCAUCACAAUCUGUGGUGUAGACAUGUCUGUCCGACACACAGGACAGAAAAUUACUGUAAGUCGGUCUGCCGGCAGUCAAGCACAUGCAGUGUGACAUUAAUGCCCAGCAGAACUUUAUCACAGACAGUCGAUGUGAAGGAAUAAGGGGUAGGGGUGGGGAAAUGAUCGAACAUCCUACUUUCCUUCACCCCUCCCUGAACCCUCUUUCCCCCGCUCUCCGUGUUGACUUACAUUCAUCGCCUCAUGGCCUGGACCUUUAGCUUUCUAAUUCCUGGGAAACUGUGUUGCUGAUUCCACCAUGUCUGUGGAUGCUGGGCCGUGACUAUAAUUAUGGGAGCUGUAGAACUGAAGUACAACAGUGAUGCUGGGAGUGAAACAUUUCAUGGUUUGCACGGUAGAGUGCAUUCUGUGUCACGAGGUGUGCAUUGCAGUAGCCUGAUGUUGGACACGUCGCCAUAUUGUGUUACUGUGCAGCUGGAGAUGUUCGCAGCCAAGGUAUUCUGUACACGAAAUGCCAUGCUUUAGUCUCGUGUGAAUGAGAUUUCGCGUGUUUUGGUGUUGUGCCCGCUGUGGAACCGGGUGCCUACCCUGUCACCCACUGUGUAAAUGAGAUAUUCCAUAUUGUCGAGCUAUGGAGGAUGUCUUUAACGAGUUCCAGUUUACCGAAAACCUUAUGUUUGUUAGCCUUAUGUUCAGUCGGAUAUGCGGACAGUAUCACCUGAGCAACGGUAGAAUCUCACCCCUCGUGUGUCUUAGAUGACACGUGUCCAAGUAUUUGUUCUUCUACAUGUGUGUUAGCUGGACCAUGUCCCUGUGUCUGUUCCUCUACACGGGUGUGUUUGGUGGGCCGUGUCCCUGUGUCCUGUUCCUCCACAUGUGUUUUGGUGGGCCCUGGCCGUGUGCUUGUUACUCUGUCAUGCGCGUGAAUGAUAACGCCCUCGCAUCCUUUGUUAUCGAAGUUAGUCUGCUCUUGUCUGUCCAUCUCCGUCCGCCGCUCCAAGUUCUGUUUCAUUAUUGUUGUUCACUCACCAGAGACUUGUCAGAUGUUAUUAUUUGCCCGUAUUAAAUAUUAAAUAUAGUUCUGCCACUCAAUGAUUUUUUUUAAUAUUGUUGCUUACUCACCAACAGAUUUUUAAGAAGUUAAUCGAACGAAAUAUAAUUUGUUUUUAAUCCUUAUAGACGUAAAGGUGAAAUGGUUCAGUAACCAUGAGGCGAUGAAUGGUAGUGUAUGCAGCUUGUCUAAUGAUCACAAAAUAAUCAGUAUAUAAGGAAAAUACAGAUAUGUUAAGAGACGGAGGUGGCCGAGUGGUUAAGGCGAUGGACUGCUAAUCCAUUGGGAUCUUCCCGCGUGGGUUCGAAUCCCACCUUCGUCGAAUUGUUUUGAAAAAAAAAUCUCAUCUUGAUCAACAACAAUAGCAACAUUGUAAGGUGAUAACAAUUUUGAUUGUCAAGAAUGGGGUAUUCAAGAGACUUAGU